GGAGGAAUGUGAAUUGCAGUAACACCUCACCUGACCUCGACGACGUUGCUUGGCGAAACUGAUAAAAGCGCUGUAAUUCUAUCAUCCUCGAUCAUCACUGUUCUGCUCUCACGCCAAACCUCCAUUUUGGUUCUUCAGGUUGUUGUGGGGAUUGUAUCUUCUGGUGGUGGAGUUUUUUGGAAAUUGGAGAUGAGUCAGAGGGGUUUAAUAUAUAGCUUUGUUGCCAAAGGGACUGUUGUUUUAGCAGAGCACACGCAAUAUACAGGAAAUUUCAGCACCAUUGCUGUUCAGUGCUUGCAGAAGCUGCCUUCAAAUAGCAGCAAAUACACAUAUUCAUGUGAUGGUCACACGUUUAACUUCCUCAUAGACAAUGGAUUUGUUUACCUUGUUGUUGCAGAUGAAUCGGUUGGAAGGAGUGUUCCUUUUAUAUUUCUUGAACGGGUGAAGGAUGACUUUAAGAAGCGUUAUGGUGCUAGCAUUCAGAAUGACAGUGCCCAUCCCCUUGCUGACGACGACGAUGAUGAUUUAUUUGAAGACAGAUUUAGCAUUGCCUAUCAUCUUGAUAGAGAAUUCGGACCAACGCUUAAGGAGCAUAUGCAGUAUUGCAUGAACAAUCCGGAAGAAAUAAGUAAACUAUCAAAAUUGAAGGCUCAAAUAACUGAGGUCAAGGGAAUAAUGAUGGACAAUAUUGAGAAGGUUUUGGAUCGUGGAGAGAAGAUUGAACUUCUGGUGGACAAAACAGAAAACUUGCAGUUCCAGGCUGACAGCUUCCAGAGGCAAGGCAGGCAGCUGAGAAGGAAGAUGUGGCUGCAGAAUCUCCAAAUGAAGCUGAUGGUGGGAGGAGGAAUCCUUAUCUUGAUUAUAAUAUUGUGGGUUAUUGCUUGUGGGGGUUUCAAAUGUUGAUGGAGCUAUAAAAAAUUGGAGUCUGUAUUAGGGCACACAGGGGGUGCACAAAAUGAUAUACUGUACUACUUGUACAUGGAAUUUGGCGCGGGAAUUCAUGGUUAUUGUCAUAGACUGUAAUUAAGCUUGUGGUAAGCUGCUAGUUACUUUGAACGAAGCUCUUGCAUCAGAUGACAUUACUGGGGUGGUUGUGCAUAUCAUGAUAUUGCUUUUACCAUUGUAGAGCUUUCACUAACUUUUCCUUGCCUUGUUCAAGUGUAUUUUCUUGUUUCAGUUAAAAACGUUAACCAGAGCA